AUGCUCUCUCGGGCCCUCAUUUCCAAGGUGACCAAGAAAAGAAGGAAUAACGGUCCUUCCAAAAAAGGCCAAGGCCAUGUGCAGCCUAUUCAUUGCACCAGCUGCGCCCAGUGCGUGCCCAAGGACAAGGCCAUUAAGAAAUUUGUCAUUCGAAACAUAGUAGGGGCCGCAGUCAGUAGGGACAUCUCUGAAGUGAGUGUCUUUGACACCUGUGUGCUUCCCAAGCUGUAUUGA